ACAAGAGCAAACUCAAUGCAAAUACAUUAAAACCCAAAGAAAUUUCCAAAUAAAUUAUAUAGAACCAUAUAUACUUGUCGGAGAAGGAAAUGUUAUUUUGAAAUGAGCGCCUUAUAGAUGGUUAACUUGCUUACGAUACUAAUCGAUAGGACGGUUUUGGUUGGUAUUUGGUUGUGAGAUCUUGACAUACAAAAAGAUCGAGUGUGGCCCUGGUUUAGCGUGGUGGUUCUUCUCUAAGAAAAAAGUUAAGAAGAAACACACAAGCAGCGGAAGAACAAUUGGAAAAGCUAUCAAGGGACUCGCUACACAAUCAUAGAACAACUUUUAGCGUUUCGACAUCAGAAGUGGGAUUGUACUUUCGUCUACUAAUCAUGGAAUACCAACUGCGCAUCUUGAUGGAGCACCAAAGCCAAAGUUUCCUGGAAUUGGCAAAAACUUUGCAAGCGUCGGUACGAGAACAGGCACAAACUUGAGUCGUCACAUUGUUGAAAUUUAACGCCGACAUUCCUGGCGCCGACGCUACUCAAUGGUGUGCUACGGUUGACAUUAUUUUGGUUGAAAAACCGCUGGAAGGCAGUGCUCUAAUAUUGGCCUUAACAAAAUCGUUGGAAGGAAGCUUUCUGAAGUGUGCUACGCAGGCGUGACUUGGCCGGAAUUUAAACAGUUAUUUCAACAACGCUAUGCAAAUACUGAAACGCCAGCCGCCAUGUUUUUGAAGUUAUUAAACUGUCGCCCCGGCAACAGUGAAUGCCUUGCGAUAUACGCUAGUCGCAUGGUGACUUCGCUUGUCAACAAGUGGAAGGGCUUGGAUGCUGAGAGGAUUGCGGUGUCCGUGGUUUUGGGACAUUUGGCCAACUUUGACCGCCGAGUGCAAAGAAUUGCAUACACUGCCGAGAUCAAAAAUAGACGUGACCUACAGGCUGAGUUGCAGGUCUUCGCUUUUGACAAGCGCACACAUCAUUCUGGAAAUGAGGAAUCUGGAGCAAAGCGAGCUAAGUUGGCGUCACUGAAGUGCCAUCUUUGCGGAAAGAUGGGGCACAAAAUGAUUGAUUGCCGAAACAAGAAGCAGAGCGCCGGCAUGUCCAGACAGGAUCAACGAGGAAGCCAACCAUUUCAGCAGCAUUUUAAAGACAAUAUAACUUGCUAUCGUUGCCGAGAGCAAGGUCAUAUAGCCUCACAAUGCCCUAUCAUAAUAUGACAGGCGGUGGAGCUGGAUUGCGGAACGAAAAGAGAGCUGAGCUGUGCGUGGUGGAUGAACCGCAGACAAGUAUGCU